ACUGAGCAGGGAUCAAGCGAGACAGCAGGAGAAGUGCCAAUGGGACUCCUCAUACGUAUGGUCUGGUUUGUCACUGUCUUCCCGCUGUUGGAUUCUGCUCUCAUCAUUUAUUCCAAAAGCUCUGGUCGCUGUGUGGAUUACACUGAUAGGACAAUGCACGACUUAGGCUUCAAGUGGAGGAAUUCUGACUGCCAAAUCUGUCAGUGCCUCCGCACUGUCGUGGCCUGCCGAAACAGUUAUUUCAUGCCGGAGGGGUACCCAGAUGACUGCGUCGCGGUGUUUGAGAGGGAAAAUUGUCGGUACAGGUUACAGAAGAAGAACAACCCCAUGGUGGAAUGUCAGACAUGGAGCUGAUGCACACCUCGAACGACAUGGCCCAGUCACAUUGCGUUGGGAGAAGGGGACUGCUCCAGCACACACCAACGCAUUGGCACCU